AUGGCCACCAUUACUCUUAACGACGGUAACAAAAUGCCUCUGGUCGGUUUCGGCUGCUGGAAGGUCGACAAGGAGACCUGCGCUGACCAGAUUUUCAACGCCAUUGAGGUUGGCUACAGAUUAUUCGAUAACGCUCAGGACUACGGUAACGAGAAGGAAGUUGGCCAGGGUAUCAACAGAGCCUUGGAGCAGGGCAUUGUUGCUCGUGACGAGUUGUUUAUCGUUUCCAAGUUGUGGAACACUAACCAUGCUCCGGAGCACGUGGAGGAAGCUGUUGACCAGGUUUUGGGUGACUUGAACCUCGAGUACUUGGACUUGUUCUUGAUUCACUUCCCUGUGGCUCUCAAGUACGUUCCUCCAUCCGAGAAGUACCCUGCUGGUCUUACGGGUCUCAAGGAUGACAAGUUGCGUUACGAGGAUGUUCCUAUCUUGGACACCUGGAGAGCCAUGGAGGCUCUUGUCAAGAGCGGCAAGGUCAAGUCUAUUGGUAUUUCCAACUUCACUGGUGCUUUGAUUGAGGACUUGCUUAGAGGCGCCAAGAUCCCACCUGCUGUGUUGCAGAUUGAGCACCACCCAUACUUGCAGCAGAAGAGAUUGGUCGAAUGGGUCCAGUCCAAGGGUAUUGCCAUCACUGCCUACUCUUCUUUCGGCCCACAGUCUUUCAUUGAGUUGAAGCACGAGGGUGCUUUGAACAUUCCAGGUUUGUUUGAGCACGAGGACAUCAACACUAUCGCUAAGAAGCACGAGAGAACCCCAGCUCAGGUCUUGUUGAGAUGGGCCACCCAGAGAGGUAUUGCUGUGAUUCCAAAGUCCAACAAGACUGACCGUUUGGUGAAGAACUUGACUGUCAAUGACUUCAGCCUCACUGAGGAUGAACUCGCAACCAUUGCCAAGUUGGACAUUGGCUUGAGAUUCAACGAUCCAUGGGACUGGGACAAGAUUCCUCUCUUCGUUUAA